AUGGAAAGAUUCAAUCCUCAGUCGGCUUUGACGAAAUCGGAGCUGCAGAGACGUAGGCAGGAGGAGAUUAACAAUGCUUGGGGAGGCAUGAGCUUUGGAGACGCUAUUGGAUCUGCUCCUCCAAGAGCAAUACCUUCUAGUUUGAAAACUAAUUCUCAUGACCAAACUGUGGUCCCAAAAAGAGAGAUUAAGAGAACUCCUGCAAGCAAUUUAGAACUCGAUUCUCAAAUAGAAAGACUUAGUAAUAUGGCUAGAACUGAGCAAGAAAAUCUUCACAGAUCUGACCAUAUCAGCCAGCCUUUUUCAAGAGAUUACAGCUAUGGGGAUUAUAUUAGAAGUUUAGAAGAGGCAAAAUAAUCCUUCAAGAGAGGAGCUAAAGGAAUCUUCUGCUCACAAUAUGGAUCAAUUAAACCAAGUUUAUGAUAUGAGACAAAAUCCUGCUUUAAGACUUCCUCCAGGAGAUAUAAACCUGGCCUUUUUCUCACAAGGCAUGGCUAGGAAUCAAAGAAAUAACCGGAGAGCAAACAAUCGUGCAAGCCCUUUUGGAGGAGUUGCACGAUCAAAUUUAAAUCAGGAAGAACAGCCUUUAAGAGGAAAUAUGAACGGAUAUAACCUAGAUCUCCUAGAUUUAGAAGAUGAAGAUGAUUAUGUCUACGAUGACAAUGACCAAGAAGACAUCUUGGAAACCUACACUGAGGCUCUGCGUAUCAGAGAGCUGGAACGUCUGUAUCACUCCCUCAUAAGUAGAGAGGAGCAGAAAGAAGGAGUUAAGAAGAAGGCCAUGAAAAAGCUUAAGAAAAUUACGAUCAAAAGGAAACAGCAAUAUGCGAAAGACGAUACUUGUCCUAUCUGCCUUUCAAAAUACUCAAUUGGAAGUAGAAUUAUCAAGUUGCCAUGAAAGCACUAUUUCCACGAAAAGUGCGUGAAAAAGUGGUUCGAGAAGAAGUCCUCAUGUCCCAAGUGCAGAAAGGACGUGAAUAAAUAAGUUGAUAGGGAUGAACAAACCCAUGAAAUUUUCAAUAAAAAUUU